AUGACUACCCCGAAGAAAGGGGAUUGUUUAGUUGCUCGAGCUGUUAAUCCACCGUCAUAUGUGGCAACUUCAGAUGAUAAUAUAACUAAAUUACUUGAAAAUUUGAGCAUUGAAGAAGCAGCAGCACACAAAAGAAAGGUUAGUAAUCAUUUUUUUUUUAAAUUUAUAUUUUCAAGUUGAUGCCAUUUACCCACACAAUUAGUGAUUUUUUCUCGUCAUUGUCACUUUUAUUAUCAUGUAUCUUUUUUCCGUGAAAAUAGUUUGACCACCAAUUUUUGACCUACUGGCUGAUAAAAAUUCAACAACAUUCUUUUCGAUGAAAACGUUUUGCUGUGUUUUCGUUCAAACGACAAACAUUUUCUCAUGAUUUUCAACAAUGAUUUUUGAUUUUGUUCUGUAACUUUGUGUGAAUUUUAAAUUAGUUUUUUUUGAGAAAGAAAAAAAAUUAUGAUUUAUUUUGAUUUUGCUAGAUUAUCUUAUUGGUUUAGAAGAUUUUAAAAGCAGUUUUAGAGGAUCAUUUUCUUUAUGAAUUGUCACGUAACUUGUUAUUAGUUUGUUUUGUGAAUGUUUUGAAAUCUAGUACUUUCUAAAAACUUCAAUGGUGAUUGAAUAUUUUUGAAAAUCUAUUCAAACUUGGGGUGAAUCGUAAAGCAGGUCUAUCACUAAUAUCAUUUUUAAUUCCUACAAGUCAUUAUAGGUCCCAACUUUUUCACUUUUUUCGAAAUUUUAUCAUAUCAAGUUCCCGUUUUACGAUUUUCCUGAAAUUUUUAAAUAUUUUAAAAUUGUUUUUAGUUUGUAUUUUAUUUUCAAGAUGACUUGGUGAAUAUUUUCAGCAAAAUUUGAUUUCAAAAUCAUCAAAAAAAGUCAAAACACCUUUCCCAUAAAAAUUGAAAUCAAACAUCUGCAGACAAAUCCAAGUUAAUCCACGAACCAUAAAAUUUCACAUUCCAUGAAAAUUUAUCACUUUAAAAAUUUCCAUAAUCUCAGAGUCAGUCAGUCAGUCACGAUAUUUUUCUUUCUAAAAAUUCUCUUAUUUUCGAUGGAUAAAAUAAUAAAAAAUCUCACGAACUAUGAAAAACAAGUAUGAAAAAAACAUCUAAUUUCCUUUUUUUUUAAUUUAAAAUGUUUUGUCUUUCAGUAUGAAGCAAAAAACAGUGUAUCACCAGCUGAUUUCGUAACUCUUCAAAGUAUUCGAUCAUCGGCAUUGGCUCGAAAAACCAACACUACUUCAAAAUUUACGCGCGGCGGUAUUGCACUGUAUGCCGAUUUAUUGAACGUCGACACAAAAGUAAGUUCUCAAGAGGAUUGUUGUCUUUCAAAAAAAUGCACUUCAUGUUUGAACUUUAGAACUAUCAAAAACAAUUCAAAAUAUUACAGAAAGAACAGAAAAACAAAGAUAAAAAUAAGGAAAAUGCCAACGACAAAGAUAAAAAAGAUGAAGAGAAAGAUGAACCAAAAGAUGGCGAUUUAUUAUCACGCGGACCUGUUAAAAAUGAACGAGUUUUUGCUGGACAUCACCCAUAUAAUCAUGCAAAUAUACCGUAUGGCACAACAGCAAACACUGCCGUCUCAGAUAUUUCAGCAUUUUCUGGAUAUGCAAACGGAUUUGAGUGUGGAAGUACAUGGUCAUAUAGUCCAGACACAAUAAGGUUGGCUUUUGAUUUUAAUAUAUUCUCUUUUUUUCAUUCCCAAUUCCAUUUUUCAGUAGUAUAUCAGCGUCAACAACACCAGAUACAGUAUUAUCUUCAGAUGGUUAUAAUUCAGCAUCACCUCUUCAGAAUAGCCCAAAAAGUGUGAAUCGGAGGUUAUUCAAUGAUAUAACUGAAAAGGGUUCGUUUGUUGUCAAAUAUUUUGAAGUUUGAUCGAGCAAGCAAAUAUUUGACAUUUUACUUUUUUUUGAAAAAUAGAAAAACUGACCAGUCUGUUCAAUUAUUUGAGUAACAACAUUUUGUUGUAUUUUUGCAAAUAUGUAGUUUAUGGUUUUUUCAAGUUGUCCUUUUGACAAUAUUUCUAUGGAUGUUUUGAAAAUUUCAAAAAUAUGGUGGAUUCGUAAUUUUCAUAAUUCAAUAAUCACCUCAAGGGUUGUUUUUUAAUGAUAUCAUUACGAAGAAAAUUGCGUGACCACAAUUAUUAGUCUGAAAUUUUCAGACGACUUUUUAGUUCUCAUUUUAUACCGAUUUUCAAAAAUGUUUAUUCCUUAAUUUCAGGAAGUUCAUUUUCUUAUUUUUCAUUUAUGUAAUUCCAGAAAUUUUUAGAUUAACGGUUCUAGACCGAUGUUUGGAACUUUUCCUGCCAUAAUUAAUUCUUAAUUCUCUAGAAUCUUUAAAAAGAUGAUGUUCUGAUUAGCAAAAAAAACCAUAAAUUUUAUUUCCAAUUUUCCCAAGUACGGUACAUCCUCUGCGUCACUGUCACCGUUUCGAGACCGACCACCCCAUUGGGUAGGGUCAAAGGCCGACUGGAAAAAAUGUUUUGGAAUCCAAAUUUCCGGCCUAGCUAUUUUUGUCGAAUUUUUUCAUUCCAAGGCAAAUGCCUAUUCAAAAAAAAACAUUGUUUUUAUACAUUUGUAAUCAAUAUGCAUAUCUUUUUUAUUAUCCCAGGUACAAUCAUAUAUUUUUCACACAAAAGUCAGAAUGAUCGUAGAUUGAUCUGCAAUAAACAUAGGCAUAAAAAUACAUGCAGCCAAGAAAAAAAACUGUUCAUUCCCAAUUUCAUUUGCGAUGUUUGCAUCUUAUUGAAUGAUAUUUUUGGUCGCUUCAGGCGCCUUUGUGCGCUUUUUCAUUUUUCCCUUCAACAAUUGAUUCAAUAACAAAACCGAAACACUUUAGUCGUUACAGAUAUUUCGCGACUAUUGAAAUCGGAUGACAACGGUUUACCCGAAAGUUUACAAGACUUUAUUUUGCAAUACUCAAAUCAAUAUACAAAAGACGAUUCGGAUAAAUCGCGCAAUAUUCGGCCACCAUCUGCAGAUUCCGGAAUCUCGUCGCCGAUGUCGGCUAAAAUGGUACCAUAUUCAUCGCCACAAAAUCCACAAGGAACAUAUGCAAUCAAUAGGUAUGCUUCUUUCUUUUUUUUUUAGAAAAAAAUGGGUUAUAAAAAUAACAUGAUUUUCUCCCUUAAAUAAAUGAUAAUUAUUGUUUUAUGUUCGCCAUGUUCAUUGCGACUUUUUUCGAGGUCGCCCCGUUGUUUCAUUUUUAUUUUUGUCCCCAUUUUCUUCAAUUAUUUACUUCCUUAUUCCCCCACUCACUUGAUUCUGAUCUCUAUUUUUCAUCUCAUCAUUUGCAAAAUAUCGGUAUUCUGUUCAAAUUUCACAAUUCUAUGUAUCACCAGUUUCAGUUUCAGUACCAAAGGUUGUGUUUUUUUUGUCUGAAAAUUUAUAAGAGAAAAUUGAUAAUGAUUACUGUAGUUUUAUUUUUAGAAAACAGCAUUCAAAGAAAACAAUUCGAUUAUCUGAUAACCAAAAAUUGAUUUUUUGAUUGAUUUCAGUGCACCUUCAACACCAAUCCUUCCAAGAACACGUCUCAGCCCAAGAUACGAUCCAAAUUCAACAGCAAAGCAAAGACUUCAUUCACUUAUCAAAGACAGUGAUUUAGCCAGUGGUUUCCAUUGGGUUUUCACUACUGUAAGUUGUCAAAACUUAAAAACUCUGAUCAUUUUUUUUCAGUUGUUGCAAACUCCAAAUGGUUUGGUAACACACGAUGCCGAUGGUGAUACUCCACUUCACAUUAUUAUUGCUCAUCUCGAUCUUGCCAAAAUUUAUGCAUUAUGCGAGACAAUGAAAAAGAAAAGCACAAAUGAUGACGAUGUGUUCAAUAUCAUCAACCAACACGGAGAAACACCAUUGUUUUUGGCGACAGUUGCGCGAAGUGAAGAAGUUGUUGAAUAUCUUCUUGAGAUUGGUGCAAAUCCAAAUACCCAAUCAAAACGAGGUGAUCGUGACACAGCUCUUCAUCACGCUGCUUCUCGUGGACUUUCUGAGAUUACUUUGAUUUUGGCAAGCCAAAGCGAUAUUUUGUUGGAUGAAGUAAAUGCUCGUGGACAAUCUGCUUUGUUGUGCGCUGUUAUGAAUCAUGGAAUGCUCGAUGAACAAUCACAAGAGAAAAUAGAUAAUAGCAAGGUUAUUGGAACUUUGUUGAAAGCAGGAGCCGAUCCAUGUUUUGCCGUAAGUUGAAUUAGCCAAUAGACACUGUAGCUACGCCCCAAAUUUGUUCUUAUCUACCGUAAUUCUAUUUGAAACACUUAAGAUAAUGGAGAAAAUUUUGUAGGAGCGAACCACUGGAAAAACAGUUGUACAUUAUGCUGUUGAGAAAAUGGAUGUUGAAUUAUUUGACGUGAGUUCUUCAAAACGACUGCAAAAUAAUUCAAAAGACUUGUGUUUUUUCAGUUGUUGAAGUCAAAAGUUGAUGAAGACACAUUCACUUCUUUAACAAAUAUCCAAGAUUUUGAUGGCGAUACUGUAGUUGAUCUUUUGUAUACAUCUUCACCUACAGAACAAUCGCAAAAUAAUCCAGUUCGACAAGACUUAUAUAUUCGAUUACUUGCAUCUGGAGCUAUUGGAAAUAAAUCGAGAGUUUGA